GAAACUGCGGAAACCCUUCUAAAUUCAGAAGUACAUAUGCUUCUUGAGCAUCGUAAGCAACAGAACGAGAGUGCGGAAGAUGAGCAGGAGCUUUCAGAAGUCUUCAUGAAAACCUUGAACUACACGGCGCGCUUCAGCCGUUUCAAGAACCGAGAAACCAUUGCCAGUGUCCGUAGUUUGCUGCUCCAGAAAAAGCUCCAUAAAUUUGAACUGGCAUGUUUGGCUAACUUGUGUCCCGAGACAGCUGAGGAAGCAAAAGCCUUGAUUCCUAGCCUGGAGGGCCGAUUUGAAGACGAGGAAUUACAGCAGAUUCUUGACGACAUUCAGACUAAACGCAGCUUCCAGUAUUAAGUUUAACCCUCAGCCCCUUUAUCUGAACCGAAAAACCUGGGAACUCUGUUUCUCAGCCCUCGGGACCACUCCAGCUCCUGGCUGAGUAAGGGGAGUUGUGGACGCAGGGUGCUCCAGCACUGUGUUGUCCACAGGUCGGCCUGGAGAGGAGUUUCGUCCUUGUGAUUUGUUCCACGUGUGUGUUGGUAGGGACACCUGUAUUUUGUGAGAGCCAAAGAACCUGAAAAACCUUUUCCACUGGCUGAAGUGUUUGUUUCUUCCAAAUCCCUCUCCCCGAUCUGGAAAUUUUCAACAUGUUU